GCUACAAUAACAAAUUUGGUCAUCCGUACUCUAAUCGUGUAACGCGAUUGGUUAUUCCCUGUUCCUGUUGCCUGUUCCUUUGCAUUGUGUAAUAGGCUUUAUGCUCGGUCUAUAGUUUCAUAUGUCUAUGGAACGGACUUGUUACGUUGGUUAUGUUUACAUGCAGGAAAUGGCGUCUGAUAAACACGAUUUUCGAGAAAAGCGAAAAUUCGCGGACGUUGGGAGCGAUUCAGACAACGAAGCGGAAAAAAAUGCAAAGCAUGUAAAAACAAAAUCGGAGGCACCACGAUUGUGUCCAUACCUAGACACGAUCAAUCGACAGUUUUUAGAUUUUGACUUUGAGAAAUUGUGUUCUGUGUCGCUAUCUAGAAUCAAUGUCUACGCUUGUCUGGUCUGUGGCAAGUACUUUCAAGGCAGAGGAACCAAUACCCAUGCUUACACGCACAGUGUUGCGGAGAGUCAUCAUGUGUUCCUUAAUUUACAUACAUUAAAGUUUUAUUGUUUACCAGAUAAUUACGAAAUAGUUGAUUCGUCGCUGGAUGACAUUAAAUACGUUCUAAAUCCGACUUUUGAUAAAAUGCAAAUAGCCCAACUGGACAAGAGUGAUAAACAAUCUAGGGCAAUUGAUGGCUCCAUGUAUUCACCAGGAAUAGUGGGAAUGAACAAUAUAAAAGCUAAUGAUUACUGCAAUGUCAUUCUACAAGCACUUUCACACGUCACACCGUUGAGAGAUUUCUUCUUAAGAGAAUCUAAUUAUUCUCACGUGAAAAGACCGCCUGGUGACUCGUCCUAUCUUUUAGUACAGAGAUUCGGAGAGCUUAUGCGCAAAUUGUGGAAUCCGCGUAACUUCAAGGCGCACGUAAGUCCUCACGAGAUGUUGCAGGCGGUGGUUUUGUGGAGUAAAAAGAGAUUUCAAUUUACAGAGCAAGGUGAUCCGGUGGAUUUUCUGUCGUGGUUUUUGAAUGCUCUACAUCUCGCGUUGAACGGUACGAAAAAGCGGGACUCGAGCAUAAUUUAUAAAACGUUUCUGGGACAUAUGCGAAUAUAUACGCGGAAAAUACCACCCUUGGAACUGGAGGAGAGCCAAAGAAGCGAGCUGCUGCACACAGUCGAGUACGGAGAGACCGUGACGGAAAGUCCGUUCUUGUACCUCACCUGCGAUCUUCCACCGCCUCCGUUAUUCAAAGAUCAAUUCACGGAAAACAUUAUUCCACAGGUGAAUCUGUACACGCUACUAAACAAAUUUAACGCCAUCAACGAAAAGGAGUACAAAACGUACAAGGAAAAUUUCAUGAAGAGGUUCGAAAUCACGGAAUUGCCACCUUAUCUCAUACUUUACAUCAAAAGAUUUACUAAAAACACAUUUUUUGUCGAAAAAAAUCCAACGAUCGUAAAUUUUCCAGUGAAAAAUGUCGACUUUGGUGAUAUCUUAACGCCCGAAGUAAAGGCCAAACAUCAGUGCACAACGUAUGAUUUAGUGGCGAAUAUAGUGCACGAUGGCGAACCUGGUCAAGGGACAUACAGGGUUCACAUUUUGCACAGAGCUACUGGCCAAUGGUACGAAUUGCAAGAUUUGCACGUCACUCAGAUUUUACCGCAAAUGAUUACUCUUACCGAAGCAUACAUACAGAUCUACGAAUUGAGGAAAGAUAUACACAUGGAAAAUGGAGAUAAUAAAAGUAAAAAAAAUAUGUGAUAUGCUUAUAUAAAACUAAAAA